AUGUCCGAUUCGGAUGUUCUACAAUCUGCGGUGCGCGUGCCCACGCCUCCCCCGGGCGCGUCGUACUCACCAGCCGCAGCCUCUCGCAAACGCUCACCUCCGUCUCGUUCGCCCUCUCCGAAUCGUCGCCGAUCGCCUCCCGGUGAUUCCCUUCGAGAUGGCCCCGAUGCUCCCAAAGUCGACACAGAACGUGUCGACGAGAGAGAACGGCAACUCGCCGAACGUCUUCGCGAACACGAGAAGCGCGAAGCGGCGCGCAAACCAAUGACCGAGGAAGAAAAACAGGCAUCCGCAAAGGCAGAAUACGAAAAAUUGCUCAACAUGCGAUCCGGUGGCACUUACAUUCCUCCGGCCCGACUCCGUGCGCUACAGGCGCAAAUCACGGAUAAGACGAGCAAGGAAUACCAGCGAAUGGCAUGGGAAGCUUUGAAGAAAUCAAUCAAUGGUCUCAUCAACAAAAUCAAUGUUUCAAAUAUCAAAUUCAUUGUUCCAGAACUCUUUGCGGAGAACUUGGUGAGGGGCCGAGGAUUAUUCUGUCGUUCAAUUAUGAAAGCGCAGGCGGCCAGUUUGCCAUUCACUCCAAUCUACGCAGCUAUGGCCUCUAUCGUCAACACCAAGCUCCCGCAGGUUGGCGAUCUGUUGCUUACCCGGUUGGUUGUUCAAUUCCGCAAGGCCUUCAAGCGAAAUGACAAGGCAGUCUGCAUUUCCUCUACAACUUUCAUUGCGCAUCUUUGCAAUCAGCAAGUCGCCCACGAGAUGUUGGCAGCUCAGAUCCUGUUGCUUCUCUUACACAAGCCAACGGACGACAGCGUGGAGAUUGCAGUGGGUCUCACUCGAGAAGUUGGUCAACAUCUGGAGGAGAUGAACGCUCCUAUCGCACUCGCCGUAUUCGACCAGUUCCGAAACAUCCUACACGAGGCCGAUAUCGAUAAGCGUGUGCAAUAUAUGAUCGAAGUGCUCUUCCAGGUGCGCAAGGACCGAUACAAGGACAACCCAGCAAUCAAGGAGGAGUUGGACCUAGUGGAAGAGGAAGAUCAAAUCACCCACCGUGUCGGCUUAGAUGACGAGCUGGAAACCCAAGACACUCUCAACAUCUUCAAGUAUGACCCGGAGUGGGAGGAGCAUGAAGAGGCUUAUAGGAAAUUGAAAGCCGAGAUCUUGGGCGAGGAGAGUGACGGGGAUAAUGAGGACGAGUCAGAUGAAAGCGAAGAAGAAGAAUCUGACACGGAAGAAGUACAGAUGGAUAUCAAGGAUCAGAGUAAUACUGAUCUGGUCAACCUUCGACGAACAAUUUACCUCACAAUCAUGUCCAGCAUUGAUUUCGAAGAAUGUUGCCACAAGCUCAUGAAGAUCAACCUGCCGGUCGGGUUGGAGCAUGAACUUCCAUCCAUGAUCAUUGAGUGUUGCUCCCAGGAACGGACAUACUCCAAAUUCUACGGUCUGAUCGGAGAGCGAUUUGCCAAGAUCAAUCGACUCUGGUCAGACCUGUUUGAGGCUGCCUUUGCCAAAUAUUACGAUACCAUCCAUCGUUACGAAACGAACAAAUUGCGCAACAUUGCCCAGUUCUUCGGCCACCUCCUCAGCAACGAUGCGAUUGGCUGGCAUGUCUUGUCUGUGAUUCAUCUCAACGAAGAGGAGACCACAUCCAGCAGCCGUAUCUUCAUAAAGAUCUUGUUCCAGAAUCUCGCCGAGAAUCUCGGUCUGCCUGGACUGCAGGCCCGCUUCAGGGAUGAUAUUCUGCGACCAAGCUUUGAGGGUCUCUUCCCGACGGAGAACCCACGCCACACUAGGUUCUCUGUCAACUACUUCACCAGUAUCGGUAUGGGCGUAUUGACAGAGGACAUGCGUGAGAACCUCAAAAAUCUUCCCCGUCCCACAGUGCCCGCCUUACCUGCCCGGGCCUCUCGAUCUCUCUCGCGCACCCCAUCCGAUCGAUCCCGUUCAAUGUGCUCAACAUGUACUGGAUCUCCUCACUCCCGUCGUUCCCGGUCACCAUCGUACUCCCGAUCUCGUUCUAGGGACCGCGGCCGCUCUUAUUCUCGCUCCAUCACUCCCUCCUCCCGGAGCCGAAGCUACACACCCUCACGCUCUCGGUCCCCAGACGAUCUCGAUCUCGAUCCCGAUCAAUCUCCCGCACACCGGCCAAGCGCAGUCGAGCACGCUCCCGUUCCUACGACUCGCGAAGCCCAAGUCGCAGUCCCUAUCGGUCUCGUCGCUCAGUUACUCGGUCUGUCACACCACUGCGCCGAGGUCACAGCCCUCCCAGCCGGAGAAACCGCAGCUACUCCCGGUCAAUUUCCCGGUCUAUCUCACCUGCACCUCGUCGUGAUCCCGCGUCUAGAAGUGCUAGGCGAUAUUCGUCUGAAUCUGUGUCCCCCCCUCUCCGCCGACGACGUGGGGCUGUCGACUCUGUCUCUCGCUCCCGCUCGCCUACUCCUAAGCGCCGGGCAGAAUCUCGGGGUCGGAGCUAUUCGCGGACACCACCUCGCCGUAGAUGAAACGGGAGCCUUUGAUGCUUUGGCCCUGUCGUCUUGGGGAUUGGCCGCACGGCCUGCAUGUUACUGUUGA